GAGAGGGGGUCCACUCGAAGUGAGCUCAGCGGUGGAACAAACAGCUCGAUCAUGGCCGCCGCCUCCGCCUCCAGGGCGCUCUGGGCUUGCCGCGCCGCCUCCUACCUCCGGAUCUCCUCGUUCCCCAGGGCUUUCUCCACCGUCCUUAAAGAUCUAAAGUAUGCGGAUACUCAUGAGUGGGUGAAGGUUGAGGGUGAUUCAGCUACCAUAGGGAUCACAGACCAUGCUCAGGACCAUUUGGGUGAUGUUGUGUAUGUUGAGCUUCCAGAAGUUGGUGCUACUGUAUCACAAGGAAAGAACUUUGGUGCGGUUGAAAGUGUGAAAGCAACCAGUGAUAUCAAUGCACCAGUAUCUGGAGAGAUUCUUCAAGUAAAUGAUGAACUAAGUGAAAAACCAGGAUUUGUCAAUGGAAGUCCAUAUGAAAAGGGAUGGAUCAUCAAGGUUAAGAUCAGUGAUCCAAGUGAACUAAACUCGCUGAUGGAUGAUGAGAAGUACAAGAAGUUUUGUGAGGAAGAAGGCAAACACUGAUAAAUCCUCUAAUGCUGGAUACCAAGAAACAAUGCAGUAGCUCUCGAUCAUGACUCACGAGCCAUCUUGCCUCUCCUAGGAUAUGCUGGCGAAGUGGCGAGAGGGGCCCCGAGACAUGUAAUAAGCUGAAACAUUUGACAUAAAUUUUGUAAUGUUCUCGUCAUUCGCUUUUAACCUACUCCGCUUGAAUCCAGUUCUUGAAUUUCUUAUUUUCUGAAUACAGGCGGGAAUUAUGUUGUUUGUUUGCUUUGAGAGUGACUUGAUUGUACAUAGAUUGCAGCUAAAAGCAACAUGUUGAAUUGAUAGCUG